AUGGCGCCCACGCGGGAGCUGGUGUCCCAGAUCACGCGCGAGGUGCGGCGCUUCGGCAAGCCCCUGGGCGUGCGCGCCACGGCGGUGUACGGCGGUUCCGGCGUGGCCAACCAGAUCUCGGAGCUGAAGCGUGGGUCCGAGGCCGUGGUGUGCACGCCCGGGCGCAUGAUCGACAUCCUGGUGACCAGCGGCGGCAAGAUCACAAACCUGCGCCGCGUGACCUACCUGGUGCUGGACGAGGCGGACCGCAUGUUCGACAUGGGGUUUGAACCCCAGAUCGCGCGCAUCGUGAACAACAUCCGCCCCGACCGCCAGACCGUCAUGUUCUCGGCCACCUUCCCACGCCAGGUGGAGGGCCUGGCCCGCGCGCUGCUGGCCGACCCCGUGGAGAUCCAGGUGGGGGGGCGGUCGGUGGUCAACGCCGACAUCGCGCAGUUCGUGGAGCUGCGGGCCGAGGAGGACCGCCUCUGGCGCCUGCUGGAGCUGCUGGGCGAGUGGUACGAGCGCGGCAAGCUCCUCGUCUUCGUCGCCAGCCAGGAGCGGUGCGACAACCUCUUCCGCGACCUCCUGCGCCACGGCUACCCCUGCCUCUCCCUGCACGGCGGCAAGGACCAGAGCGACCGCGAGAGCACCAUCUCCGACUUCAAGUCUGACGUCUGCAACAUCCUCAUCGCCACCUCGGUGGCGGCGCGGGGCCUGGACGUGAAGGACCUGGUGCUGGUGGUCAACUACGAUGUGCCCAACCACCUGGAGGACUACGUGCACCGCGUGGGGCGCACGGGGCGCGCAGGGCGCGCGGGCACCGCCGUCACCUUCAUCGCGCCUGAGGAGGAGCAGCACGCGCCGGACGUGGUGCGUGCGCUGCGCGAGUCGGGGGCAGCGGUGCCCGCCGACCUCGCCGCCCUGGCCGAGUCCUUCGAGGCCAAGCGCAGGGCGGGCACCGCCAAGCUGCACGGCUCCGGGUUCGGCGGGUCGGGCUUUAAGUUCUCCUCUGCCGAGGACAACCUGGUCAAGGCCCUGCGCAGGGCCACCGCCAAGGAGUACGGCAUCGUGGAGGGCGACGAGGAGGAGGAAGCGGCGGCCGCCGAGGGCGGGGACGGCAUCCGGGAGGUGGUCAAGAAGGAGCUGGACAUGCAGAGCACGACGGAGCUGGAGAUCAACGACUUCCCCCAGCGCGCGCGGUGGAAGGUCACGCACCGCGACACCAUCAACGACAUGGGGGAGCUGGGCGCGGCGGUGGUCAUCAAGGGCACCUUCUACCCGCCCGGCGCCAAGGUGGCCGAGGGCGACCGCAAGAUUUACCUCCACAUCGAGGGACCGACGGAGCAGAUCGUGCGGCGCGCCAAGGGCGAGAUCAAGCGCAUCAUCGAGGAGGAGACGGAGCGGGCGAUGCGGCGCGAGGCCCCGGCGGCGGGGAGGUACUCCGUCAUGUAG